UAUCGUCAUAGCCGCCACAAUCAAUCGGUAGUUCGCAGUGUUUUGUUUUUUAAUGCUCAUUGAAAAGUAAUUUGCCAUCAUCCAAAGCAAAUGGAACGGUGACAUAAAUGAGUUUCACAAACCAAAACGUGGCUAUAUAGACGAAAACGCGGCGCGUAGCAGAAAACAGUAGAAUAGUGUAGCGAAAAUAAGGCGACAAAAUUCAACAGUCAAACAAAGACGCUGGCCAAAAGCAUGAGUUGAGACUGGACAGGCCACACACACACAUUUACACUCACACAUACGCUCGGAAGCAAGCAAGCACACACAGUAAGAAAGAGCUUGUGCUAAAAAGGGAAAGAGAUAGAGAAACAAAAAGAUAAUUUCAAGGCAACGCUGCGUAACGCAGGGGAAAGACAGAAACUUCAAAUAAGGUGACAAUUUGGACGACGGAGGCGGCGACGACAACGUCGACGACGACGACAACGACAAUAAUAAUUGCUCUGGUCUGAACUGACGGUUAACGGAAGGAGCGCAACCACGUGUGUAUGUGGAUAUAUGCAUAGAUGUAUGUGUGUGGAUGCAUAUGUACGUAUUUGUUGUUUGUGUGCUAACUGGAUAUUGCUGGGCUGCAAUGCAAUAGCAAUAACUGUGACACCCGACUCAACAUAACAGCGAUAAAUAACGGGAGCGCAUUUCAUACUCAUCUUCGCUAAAGCAGCGCAAUACCAACAACAGCAACAACAGCUGCGGACGCACCAACAUCAACAGUUACGCCAACAACAACGUCAACAACAUGAGCACAGUGUUUAUUAACUCACGGAAGAGCCCAAAUGUGCUAAAGAAACAAGGCACAGACCAAUGGGUCAAACUAAAUGUGGGAGGCACCUAUUUUCUAACCACCAAAACAACGCUCUCCCGUGACCCCAAUUCCUUUCUGUCGCGUCUUAUACAAGAGGACUGCGAUUUAAUAUCAGAUCGGGAUGAAACCGGCGCGUAUUUGAUAGACAGAGAUCCAAAGUAUUUUGCGCCUGUGCUCAAUUAUUUACGCCAUGGCAAACUCGUUCUGGACGGCGUCUCGGAGGAGGGUGUGCUGGAAGAGGCUGAGUUCUACAACGUGACGCAGCUGAUUGCACUGCUAAAGGAGUGCAUCAGCCAUAGAGAUCAGCGACCACAUGCGGAUAAGAAACGCGUCUAUCGUGUGCUGCAAUGCCGCGAACAGGAAUUAACACAGAUGAUCUCCACGCUUUCGGAUGGCUGGCGGUUUGAGCAGCUGAUAAGCGUUGGCAUACAAUGCUCGAACUAUGGGCCAUUCGAAAAUAAUGAGUUCCUUUGCGUCGUCUCCAAAGAGUGCGGGUCGUCAGCAGGACGGGAAUUGGAGUUGAAUGAUCGCGCCAAGGUUCUGCAGCAGAAGGGUUCGCGAAUUCUUGGAAUUUAAACUGCUUAUAGAGCAUAGUAUAGAGUGCGCAUACCAUCCAGAAUAUAACAAAAUGUAACUCCCAUCAGCAAACACUCAAAUCCUAAUUAAUCUAACAAAGACAAGCCACAAACAUCAUGAACAACAACAACAACAAUAACAGCAGUAGAAGCAGCAUUAACAACAAAAAUGUACUACGAAUAAAACAAAUGCAACACAAUUUAUGAAAGAGCCAACAACAAAAUAAUUUAGCGAGAUCCUUUUUGGCGGCAAUCGGAGAAGUGAAGUCAAAAGUCAUGCAGUCAAUCAGUCGAUCAUCAACUUCAAUACUUCAUUCAAUUCUAAAUCCUAUUUGAGAGCAGUUGGAUAUUCACAUCUGAAUACAGUUCAAUUGUUGCUCAAUCAUUCAAUCCUAUCAUCAAUCGAGCAGUCAAAUUAGGUGCACGAUCUAAAGAGCAGCCACAAUUAAGCGAAAAUUCUCUUUGUCGCCAUCAAUUGAAGAGAUUAGAAGCUAAUAAUCAUUCAAUCAAACAGCCAUCAAUUGAGUAACUUAUCAGUUCAAUCAUUACUCAGCAAAGCCUUCAGUUUUUCAAUCAGCCAUCCACAUCAAUCACUCAAACUGUCAGCAAACAAACACAGAUUCUCUUUGACAGCAAUUGGAAUCACAAAAUGAGUUUUAAAAAAUCUGUCUCAACGUUACAUCAUCAAUCACGCGUUACUUGUAUGUAAGUCCUACACCCUAUGUAAGUCAUUUCCCUUUUUACAAAAUGCUUCAAAAUUCUUUCAAAUAGCAAAAUUUUUAAAUUUUUUA